AUGCGGUUCAUCAAGAAGGGCAAGCUAAGCCCGAGAUUCAUUGGGCCUUAUGAAAUCCUUGCGAAGGUCGGACCAGUGGCUUACCGGUUUGGACUCCCACCAUCUUUGGAUGGUGUGUAUGACGUCUUUCAUGUGUCCAUGUUACAAAAGUACGUGCAUGACCCGAACCAUGUAAUAUCUCAAGAACCACCGGAGUUGACAGCAGAUAUGUCUUAUAAGGAACAGCCCGAGAAGAUUCUGUACAGCAAGGUGGUGAAUCUUUGCAAUCGACCUAUUCACUACGUGAAGGUGAAAUGGUGCAACCACCCGGAGGAAGAAGCAUCAUGGGAAGCCAAAGUGGAAAUGCGAACGAAGUAUCCUUCCCUUGGAUUCUUACAAG